UACUAACUUGAUUUAUUGUUUUAGUUCUCAAAUAGUAUAUUACACUAUACCCCAAAGGGUCUGAUUAGAGCUGGCCAGUAUUUUAAGGAUUUAUGAGGGGCAUCUGGGAUUGUGUAGCAUACGUGUUGUGUCACUGCUGUAGGAGGAAUCUGCAUUGAUCAUACCAGCAUGCUCCAAGACAAGAGCGUGUCAAAUUCCAAUAAGCUUUACUUCACAAACCUGAUUUGACAGGUGGCCAGGCUUGCACUGGGACUGACCAUAGUUCUCAUGGUGGGAAUAAAAUAAAACAGCUGGAUUGCCUCUAACCAUUGCAUUAUGAGAGGAUUUCCAUUACUUUCUCUUGUUCUAUUUCUAUCUUGCAGUGCUUAAGGAGGUGUUUAUCCUUCCCGGUUCUGUAGCCAAAAACCUGGGCAACAGGAGCUUGCUAUCAGCUCUGUGGUUUAUCUUUCUGCCAGAAGAUACUGGUGAGAAAUACAGGCUACUGAAACUAGUCUUGUAAACCUCUCCAAGUCCUACAAUGGCUAUCACAUUGCUAGAAAGGCUCAGAUCAGAGAGGCUGGGAUAAGAGAGAGAAAGAAAGAUGAAGAAACAAUUAGAAAGACUGCAAUUGUUUUUAAGCCAUAAUGUCACUUCAUUUAAUGAGGGAUUGUGCUACUUUUUCUUUUAGGGUAUCUCUAAAGAAGGGCUUCGCAAGCACCAAAAGAAAGGUAUUAGGAAUAGAGCACGGUGAUACAGUUUCUGUGUCCUUGGUUUGAUUUUGCAUGUUCUGAAUUCUGUUUUGAGCCCAAAGCCAAAAGCUGCUGAAACAUUCCUAGGAAACCUUGUCCCCCAUCAUGGAAAUCCAAACAUGACCAUGACUUCCACCAUGUAACGCAAGCUGCCCUUGACUCACUGGAGGUGGGCACAGCUUUGAACCCAAAUUAAAUCUGAGGGUGACUCCCUGCCCAGGUUCAGCUAUCACUAGCAGCAUUUGGCAGCACUCUGCCCCUGGGUUGCCUCCCAGCUCAGACUUGUAGAGAGAUAUAGCAAAAUCACUUACCAUUUCCACCUGUGCAGUGGAAACAGAGUGUCUUCCUCACAGGCUCACUGUGAUAGCAACUAUAAAAUGCAUUCCAGUGCUCAAGAAACACCAUGGAACCGUGGCUGCCUACCUCCUGCUGUUCUCCUGUCUCCUUCCUAGCAGGUUACUCAACCCUCAGGCUAUGCAGGCGUAGGGAUAUGUGUCUGCUUGUCUCCUGUAAGUUGGGUAGCACAGAGCUAUCUUUGUGGUGCUGGCAGAGACCCCAGGACACGAACAAAGAACAGUGAAGCUGCCAAUGCCCCCAAACAGAAUAGACCCCAGAAAAAGCCUUUAUAUUGUUUUUAAGCUAGAACAUACCAGAGCCAGUCACAGGGGAGGAGGGCUUUGUGUUGUGCCAUCCUUUUGGUUAAAACCAUGGGGCAGAAACCAUUCAUUUGUGCUGGGAUUCUUUGAAUUCCGAAGCUUGGUGUUAUCAGCACUGUGCUGGAGGACACUGCUACAUUAGCUGUUGUUACAGCACCCUCAUUCACCUUCAGAUGUGGCCUGCUAAAUGCUGGUGGGAGCACAGGACACCAGCCUAAGGGACUGCAUUACAACAAUGGUUCUGAGCAAAGCACAGCACAGGAAAUUCCUUGGUCUCUGCUGAAGCAAGAGACAAACAUGAUUUCUGCCUCAGAUCAUUUUGAAGGUGACCCGGGAAAAUUAGAUCAGGCCACACAGAGUAAGCCUGAAGAGUAAAAGCACAGCUGAGGGGCUGGAAACAGCACCUAAGAACGUUUUGCCCUUCUCUCACUAAGCUAGAUGCAGAGUGCCCAGCAACCCAUCCAUGGCUUUCUUGUGUUGUGCUCGGUUGGAACUGCGAUGUCUGGAUCGACACCCCUUGCAAAGUAGACAGUAUGUGAAAGAGUGUAGUAGUAGGGCUUUUUGGCAGCUGCAGUUUCACCCCAAACAGCCACAGAAAGGGAGCAGAGAAUGUACCCUGUGGCGUACAGCACGAACAGGCUCUGCUUCCCACACAGCGACAGUGCUGAGGCUGAAAUGCAUCACCUCAAAUGUGAGCCUCCAGUCCACUGGAUCUGCUUCAGAGAAAUAGACUCAGCACAUUUCAGCCAAUCUGUGAAUAAACCCAAGCUUGUACCUCUCCGCAGGGUCAUGCUGUACUAACAUCAUCCAGUAAUGAGAGCACCACACGCUCUCUGCAACUGCAGGCUGCAAAUACUGGGAAAGCAUUACUAAAAGUCAUGAAAAAGCAACUAGGGUUUUUGUUGUUCAGGGAGGGCAAAGGCUUUGGAGUGGCUGUACCAAAACACCAGUGUUGGCCAGACAGCCCAACUGGUUACUGGCACCUCCAAUAGGAAAUUAAAGGAGCAAACAUUACUCCUGAUUUACAGCAACCUGCAUCAGCUUGCCAGCCUAUCUUUCAGAAAUGUUUCAGCCUUUGAGUUUUUCAGUAAUCUUCUGAAAAUUCUGAGGCUGUUUCCAGAAGGAAACACAAUUUACCCAUUCAAAUCAUCCUGGCUUUUACCUUGGACAAGUCAUUACUGGAGGUAGUAGAGACACAGUGAUCCUACAAUCCUUGCACCCAGUAGAGAUAGCCUUAACACAGAACUGAAUUUUAGGCAAGCUUGUCUUCAAGUAGGAGCAUAGGGAUAGCAAGAGUGUCUCAUGAAUGUAGCAUGUCCAAGAGCUGUUUAGUGCUACAAUAUGGUAAAUGGGGAUUCUUGUUGUCUCAAAAGGGAGUGAAAAAUAUCAGUACUGAAUAGAGGAAGGAGUUACAGACUGUCAGAACUGAUCAUUGGUCAACUAUGAUGGCUGAAGUACAUUGCAGAAGAUGACACUAGCAAUGAUAUUUGAUGUAAGAGCUGUAGCCUGGCAGGGAGGUAGAGAGAUUCUCAAAUAUGGGCAUGCUAUUGCAGUAACAAAUAGCAUGGAGAUGUGGUAGAUGGACCAGCUUUGACUGUCCUUGAGUCAUACUACUGUCUGACUCAUAUGCAGUGUGUCCGAUUCUUUACCAGCUCAGGUUGGGUUAAUGGGUGUAAGGAUGCACUUGGCAGCUGAGAACACAGGAGUACCAAGCAGCUCCAAAGGGACCGGUUUUGCAGCUGAACUUCUCUUCUCACAGCCAAAAGCCCCCACAUCUUUGCUGGGACUAGGGCUGGAGGGGAACCGACUUCCCUUUGCUUGCUUGCCAAGAGGUCCCUUAGAGCUCUGCAGUGCUCUCACUCCAGCAGAUGACUUCAUGAACACCUACUGUCGGGAGGAACACAGCUCCCUGCACGGCUUUAAAUGAUUGUGUUUCCCUGCAUAUGCCGAUGACAUCAUUGCCACCUGAGGGCCCGAACUCUGGUCUUGGCAGGUAAAAGCCUUUCGGGUCACCUUACAUUGGGGUUCUUGCUUUAGAUGCAUAUUUAUGUAAUGAUUGCUAGAUGGCUGUAAUUACAUGACUGUAAAGCACCACCUAAAAUGCACUAGUAAUAAAUUCUUAAUAGCUAAUGCUAUAACAAGCAGUUACAAAAAAUAUAUCAUAACAUGCAGAUUGUUAACAGUGGCUGGGCCUGUUUAACGCUCAGUUUUAAAUAGUUAACAAUGCACACUAUUAAAACGGCAUGUAAAAUUUGUAACUAGUAAAUAAAAGGUCCGAUUCAGCAACAAAAUACAACCAAGCUUCAGUGGUAAAGAAGCCACAGAAAAGCUUGGGGUGGAUGAGCCAUCUCCUCUUAUCUGCAGCACUCUUCUGGUGGUACUACCUAUCAGCCAUAGUUUCUGCAAAGCAUACUGCAUGUGCCCUUACCCUGCAUGGUGUCCUCUCUGUCUUGCCUCAGAAACAUGAUUAGGAGCCCAUUUAUGUUACAAAAAUGCAACUCUGUCCAGAAAACCCUUAGUUUUGCAUUCCAUGAGUAAGGGGUGGGUCAGGCCAUUUAGCUGCCCAUAAUUUUACCUUCUCUUACACAGUCAAAGCUGCAGUGUGGGCAAUAUUUCUAUAGAGAGGAUUUCCUGUGGCUAAAGAAUAAAAUAAAUAUACAUGCAAGACCAAGAAAAAUGAGCAAAAUCAGCAGGUGGCCUGGUUUUGCACGUUUGGUACAACAUUGCUGCACAUGAAAGGAUGGCUGCUUCUGUCCAGCCAGCACCAGGAGCCACACACAUGGAUGGCAAAUACAAGUGUACUAAUCAGCUAAUGACAAGAGAAUGUUUUACAGACAAAAGUGAGGCCACCCUGCCUUGGGGCCGGCAUGACUAUGUACAUCCUGAAAGAGUCAAGGCUCUUGCCUUGACUGUCAAGUAAGGUCUGAGCCCUGCUGGCUGGCCCACAGACUUGCUAUGAAGAAAUUAGACAUUUUUGAGGCUUCUGAGGCCUGGCAGCCUGAAACAUCAUUGGAAGCUGUGGAUGGCCUGGUACACCCUGUGCAGCGGGGACUUGCUGCACCCCAGGAUAAGGAGUACAUCAAGCCGGACGCCUGGCAGCUGGAGCCAUCCUGGAACGCUGUCCCUGGAGGAGCUGCGGUGCCUGCUCUGGAAACACAUCCCCUCCACAGGGCACGUGGAUGAAGUCUGGCCAAACCUUUACCUGGGAGACCUGCACAUCGCUCGUGACAAAGAGCAGCUGAGCCGAAUGGGCAUCUCCCAUGUUGUGAAUGCCAUUGGCAGGCGAUCUCACAUCAACACUGGACCCGAGUUCUACAAAGACCUGCCUGUGGAUUACUAUGGAGUAGAAGCGGAGGACAACCCAAACUUUGAUCUCAGCAUUUACUUCUACCCAGUUGCUCAACACAUAAAAGCAGCGCUGAAUUCCCCAAGAGGCAAAGUACUAGUUCACUGCGGAAUGGGAAUCAGUCGAUCUGCAACUCUUGUCCUCGCUUUCUUAAUGAUCUGUGAAGAUAUGUCCCUUGCUGAUGCAAUUCAGACUGUGCGUUCACACAGAGGGAUCUGCCCCAACUCCGGCUUCCUCAAGCAGCUUUGGGAGUUGGAUCUCCGGUUAGGAAGGAGGCAAGGCAGAAGAGCAGCACUCUGCUAGUGCCAAGGGGACAUGGCUUUUGGCACCAUACUGAGAGAUGCUGCCCUCACUGAAGACAAUGCAAGGAUGCUGUUAAGACUACUCCAUCCAUAGCUGCUGCACUAAGAAACACCCUGGGAGAUGGCUGAGCAUGUACAAGCUCAUAGGAAUUUAGUAUGUGUUUUUUGGAUAAGCCUACUAAUUAGAAAGAAAAUGAAAUAAAAAAGGAUUCAAACUGGCAGUUUUGCCCACCUGGGCCUUAUUAUUUAACUACCUGUUGGGCAGGGCAUAGGGAGCAGUUGAGUUUUCAUGCAGAAUUAAAAGGCACUACAGUCAACUUAAAAAAAGACUUUUUACUUGCUUAAAAUUGCAUUUAUAAUGCAAGAGGGAAAAUGGCUAAACUAGUAAAAAGAGAAAGAAAGUAUGAGGGUUUUCAGCAAAUCUUUAACAUUUCACAUCCAGCUGGCUUAGGGUGAGACUUCAGGUUUUGCAAGCUGACAUGCUCCUUUAGUCUGACACAGUGACACUAGUCAGGAUCCAGCUCAGACCUUGGGCUCCCACUUUAAAAGCCAUGGAGGCUCUUUCUGGGACCUCCACACGUCCUUUUAUUUCAAAUGUAUGGCAAACACUCAGAACUUAAAAAGACCAUGAAAUCCUCAGGAGCCGACACUGGAGGUCCCAGCCAGAUGCUGCACCCUGGGGCAUGGCUAUCACCAGCCUCACUGCUGGUCAAGAGGGAAGGAAGGUGGCCCCUUGCAAAGCAGGGGGCACGCUCAGGGCACGCUGCCCAACGGUGCACUGUGGGGCAGCAGCAGUGCCAGACAAACAUCCUCCACUUGGCUUGCAACCAGAUGCUCCAAAUCACAUUCCCCAAAUUUCCCUGUUUUAAUGGAAAACCAGAACUUAAUGUCAUUGUGUCAGAGCAAAAAUGAGCAAUGCCUCUAACAAAUCCAAAGCAGCAGCUCUGCAUUUCAAUUACUCUUUUACGCCCAAUUGGCCACAUUUAAUCUUGUGAAGAACUCUAAGCAGAUAUUUGCUUCAGUGCAAUUACAGCCACAUACAGAACAUUGGCAAAUGCAAACAAUAUAGAAUUUCCACUUGACGGCAGAUUAAUUUGGUGUGAUGUUUUCCCUUGAGAGGUCUUAAAGGCUUGCAGUUCUGAAAGUACCCUGCAGUUUGUAUUUAUAGCACUACGGAUGUUGGAUAGAAAGAGAAAAUCAUAUACUCAUUCUGAACUGAAGUUUCUUUUGCCUCCAUACAUUAAAAAAAUUAACUGAG